UGUGUUUUCCCGGCAACACCCACACAAAAACCCUAAUUUCGUUUCAGUUUUCACCGUUGCCUGAGUUCAAGGGUUUCUGCUACCUCUUCGUCAAAUCGAUUCACCAUCGUUGAAACCUUCAAUUUCUCUCACUGCAUCGAUAUCAACAGUUCGUGAUUUGUGAACUGUGGUGGUUUGUCCCUCAAUGGCGGAAGACCGCAACCGCAAUGAGGCGAGUGACUACAGUUCGGAGGACGAAGGCACCGAGGAUUACAGGCGUGGAGGGUACCAUGCGGUUCGGAUUGGGGACGCUUUCAAGAAUGGGUGCUACGUGAUCCAGAGCAAGCUCGGUUGGGGUCAUUUUUCCACUGUCUGGCUCGCUUGGGAUACUCAGAAAUCGCGAUAUGUUGCUUUGAAAAUUCAGAAAAGUGCUCAGCACUACACUGAAGCAGCGAUGGAUGAAAUAAAGAUUCUUAAACAACUUGCUGAGGGGGAUCUAGAUGAUAAGAAAUGUGUUGUAAAGCUUUUGGAUCACUUUAAGCAUUCAGGGCCUAAUGGCCAGCAUGUUUGUAUGGUUUUUGAAUUCCUUGGUGAUAAUCUCCUCACACUUAUAAAGUAUAGUGAUUAUAGAGGGAUUCCACUUCCAAUGGUCAAAGAAAUUUGUUUCCAUGUUUUGGUGGGUUUGGACUACCUGCAUCGUGAGCUUUCUGUGAUACACACCGACUUGAAGCCAGAGAAUGUCUUGCUUCUGUCUCCAAUAGAUCCAUCUAAGGAUCCUAGAAAAUCAGGUGUUCCACUUGUCCUUCCAAACACCAAGGACAAGACCUUGUCCAGGAAUGGGACCAUAAAAGAUGAAAAAAGUUUGAAUGGAGAUCUGACCAAAAACCAGAAAAAGAAAAUGCGGAAAAAAAAGGCUAAAAAAGUAGCUCAGGGUGGUGUUGUGAAGGAAAAUUCUGAGGAAGCAGAGGAGGACUCUAAAGCACCUCAGCAAGAUGAUUGUAGUAUUGAUUCGAAAGUAAGUCUAGAAUCUAGUGAAAAUAAACCUAAUAGUCCAGUGAGUAAAGAUGAAUCAAAAAAGACUUGUGAAACUAAGGAUGUUCCACAAGGAAGUCAGGGUCAUAGGAGAGCUAGCCGCUCUACCAGAAAGAAGUUGCUUGCAGAUGUUGAUCUUAAGUGCAAGCUGGUUGAUUUUGGUAAUGCUUGCUGGACAUAUAAACAAUUCACUAAUGAUAUUCAGACAAGGCAGUAUAGAUGUCCUGAGGUUCUUCUUGGAUCUAAGUACUCAACUCCAGCAGAUCUAUGGUCCUUUGCUUGCAUUUGCUUUGAGCUUGCCACUGGUGAUGUUCUUUUUGAUCCUCAUAGCGGUGACAACUAUGAGAGGGAUGAGGAUCAUCUGGCAUUGAUGAUGGAGCUUCUUGGAAUGAUGCCGCGCAAGAUUGCACUUAGCGGCCGCUAUUCCCGGGACUUUUUCAAUAGAUAUGGUGAUUUGAGGCACAUUCGUCGGUUGCGUUUCUGGCCUCUUAAUAAAGUGCUGAUGGAGAAGUAUGAAUUCAGUGAGCAAGAUGCAAAAGACAUGGCUGACUUCCUUCUUCCACUACUUGAUUUUGUCCCUGAGAAGAGACCAACAGCUGCUCAAUGCCUCAGUCAUCCAUGGAUGAGUGCAGGUCCUCGAACUCUUGAGCCCUCAUUGCCUAAUAUACACCCUGAUGCUAUUGACAAGGAAAUGUCUGAAAAGGUGAAGAGGGAAAAGGCUGAGCAUGAGGCUGUGGAAGUUGGUAUGGGGAACAUAGUCAUUGAUGGAACCCCAAAGGCAUCAGAAUAGACGCAAAUUGGUGUGUCUGGGUUGUGUAUGCAACCUGAUUUUGUUUAUAUGAUAAGCCUUGAUGGUCUUUUGAGCUUUGGUAGUCUCGAACUGUCUUAUUAAGCCUUAUGUGCACUAUGGUUCAUACUUGAGGUUGUGAUUUGAGAAGCCCAUCACAGGGUCAGGGAAGCUUGGAUGCCUGCUAUAAACAGAGCAGAAUCUCCAAAAGAUUGCUUCCUUCAUUUCAAUCAGAAAGUGCACUGAUUCAUAGCCACGAGGAUUUUCCCCUGGAGAGUUUUUGAUUAGUUGUUCAUCUUGCUACUUUUAGGGGGUUUGAACUGUACAUUUUAAUGAGUUUAUUUUUUUGUGUCUAUAACAGAUUUGUUGCAGACUUUACAUUGUUUUGUUUCCUAGUUUUGGUAUUUCAUUAGUAUUUCGCA